AUGUUAAAAUUGUUGCAGGCGAACCUCAACCGCUCCCGCCCGGUCCAGGACAUGUUCCUCCAUGGCCUGGCGGAGGGUGGUUGCGCCUUAGGGAUAGCGACCGAGCCAAAUAGAGUCCCUCGCCACCCGUGUUGGGCGGGCAGCGACGAUGGCUCGGUCGCUAUCACUUGGAGAAGAGUGGGGGAGAGUCAAGUCCCCGCCUCCAGGAUUGAUGGAGGCGAGGGAUGGGUCGCCGUGGAGUGGGGCCCACUAAUUAUAGUGGGACUCUACUUGCGGCCCAGCCUCUCCCGAGCAGAGGCGGAAGACAGGCUCCACGAAUUGGAGGCCUGGAUCCAAGGCCAUAUACCCGCCCCGCUGCUGGUCGCUGGGGACUUCAACGCCAAGUCGGCGCUUUGGGGUUCCCGGCGGCCGGACGCGAAGGGCGGGGACGUAGUGGAGUGGGCGUCUCGGCUGGGGCUUCACCUCCUAAACACGGGAACCACAAGCACCUGUGUGAGGCCGCAGGGUGAGUCGAUCAUUGAUCUGACAUGGUCCUCACCUGCGGCCUCUGGAUGGGUUACUUCUUGGCGGGUGGCGGAGGAGCUGGAACUCCUGUCCGACCACCUGCCAAUCGAGGUGGAGCUCCAGCGAGCUCCCAAUGAGCGGACUAGCAGCGGCCGUCCCUUAAAAUGGGCGGUUCGCAAAAUUGACCACGAUCGCCUCACGGCAUCCCUCGUCGCAGCUAACUGGGCGAGGGGGCCGGAGGCACUUGGGAUCGAGGAGGAGGCUGCGUGGCUCAGGAGGACGAUGACGGAGGCGUGUGACAGCCAUGCCUCGAGCCACCCAGACGCGCAACGGGCGAGGAGAAGGGCUGGUUCCUCCGGGGCGUACCUGGAGGAACUUAAGGAGAUAUACCGGGAGCGGCGGGCCGAGCUGAGGGCCGCCGUUAAAAAGUCCAAGGAGAGGGCGUGGGAAGAGAUGAUCCUCUCCUUGGACGAAGACCCGUGGGGGCGUCCCUACAAGCUCGUGAUGAAUAGGUUGAGCAGUGGGGCGCCCCCGACGGUGGAGGCCCUGAACCCGCCGUUCCUCGGCGAGGUGGUCUCCACGCUCUUCCCCCGCAACGACUACGCGGGGGAACAGGAGCAAGAGGAGGAAUGGGAGGAGCACCAGGAACUCCCAGAGGCACUGGAGGUCUCGGAGUCGGAGCUUGCGGCCGCGGCCAAAAAGUUAAAGGCGGGCAAGGCUCCGGGACCGGAUGGGAUCCCAGGGAGUGGCCUUCACUUGGACACAGUACAAGUGGACACUGUGCAAAUGGACACGGUGCAAAUAGACACGGAAUAUUGCACACGGUUCAUUUGGACACAGAAAUUUUGGACACAGAAAAGUUUCACACCAUAA